AUGGUGGGGUGGGGUGGGGUGGGGGUGGCGGCUAUAUGGUGGUGGGAUGGGAUGGCAGAGGACAUGGGAGUGGGACUGUGGGAGGGCGCCGUUGCUGUUGCUGUUGCGGUGGAGGAAGAGCAGCAGCAGGAGGAGGAUUAUGCUCAAGAGGUAGCAAGAUGGACCGCGAUCGACGCCACACUCAUCCAGUUGUUCUUCACCACCAUCUCGAAGGACCUGUUUCACACGGUCGUGAGCGAUGGUGAUGACGCCCGCGCCGUGUGGGUUAAGCUCAACGACCUCUUCACCGACAACAAACUUCAGCGCCGUGUUUUUUUGCAGCAGGAAUUUUUUGACUAUCAUCAGGAUGAUCAGUCUAUCGAUGACUACUGCCGCCGCCUGAAGACGUUGGCGGAUGAGCUCCGUGACAUUGGCGCCAAGGUUGAUGACGACCUCCUCCUCAGCAUGCUCACCGCCGGCCUCAACGAGGACUUCGGCAACGCCGCCUCCAACCUCUCCCUCAUACCGGAGCCCUCCUUCCCCAAUUUCGUGGCAUACUUGCGGUUGGAGGAGCGCCAGAUGAAGGGGGUCAAGAAGCGCGCGCAGCACCACGCCCUCGCCGCCGGCACCUCGCGUGGUUCCCCUCCACCGGCCGCCCCGCCCGCGCCUGCGCCCCGUCACCAGCCGGCGCCCCCCGUGCCUCCGGGGUUUUACCCCCUCCCGCCCGCGCCCCCCGCACCACCCGCUGUCCCCCAGCAGCCGCAGCAGGGUGGCGGGCGCCGCGGCAACCGCUGCGGGGGCGGCCGCAAACAAGCGCAAGGGGGGCCUCGUCAGCAGCAGCAGCAGGCCACCCCGCCCUGGACUUAUGGCACCAACCCGUGGACGGGCGUCGUACACGCGUACUCGAUGCCGGUUCCUCGGGCUCCCGCUCCGAGCAUCCUUGGGCCUCGGCCGGCAAGCCACCAGGCGCUCUUCACCGUGCGGAACGCCGCCCCCUACAGCGGCUACGACACCGCUCCCGCGCCGGCCUACGGAGGGUUUCUCCCUCCCCAGGUGCCACCGCUGUGGGACCCGGCCCUUCUCGCUGCUCUGCACUCCGCCCCGUCACCGAGCUCUUACGGUGGCGGCGGUGACUGGUACAUGGACUCGGGCGCCACCGCUCACAUGACUACUCAUCCCGUUACCAAUCUUGUUUUUGUUCGUCGCCUUGCUCGUGAUAACCCUAUCACUGUUGAAUUUGACGAUAUCGGCUUUUCUGUGAAGGACGCCCGUACACGGAUGUUCGGUCGUCCUAUUCUUGCCUUGCAAACUGACAACGGAAAGAAGUUUGACAAUGUCGCCGUCCGCAAUCUUCUUGCGUCGCACGGCACCAUCUUUCGCCUCACUUGCCCCUACACGUCCUAG